ACCCACACACUCACAACACUCCAUCAAAACUCAAAAUCUCCAACUUCCAACGAAACCCUUUCUUCCAAAAAAAUCUCCAUGGAAGAAGCUUUGAGGAGGCUUAACGGAAUGAGCUCUCCAGACCCCAACCCUACCACCACCAACCCACUUCACCACCACCACCACGGCGUCCCCACCACCACCACCGCCGUCAAGAGGGCCAUGAAGGAAGCCGCCACAUCCGGUGGUGGUGGCACCAUGAGGUACCGUGGGGUUCGGAGGAGGCCGUGGGGCCGGUACGCCGCCGAGAUACGUGACCCGCAGUCCAAGGAAAGGCGCUGGCUGGGCACCUUCGACACCGCCGAGGAAGCCGCCUGCGCCUACGACUGCGCCGCCAGAGCCAUGCGCGGCCUCAAGGCACGCACCAACUUCGUCUACCCUCCCACUCCCACUCCAACCCACAACGACACCACCACUUUCCCGCCUUUCAGCCAUUUCUCCAAACACCUCUUUGCCGCCACCUCCCGCCCCAACCACAACCAUUCCUUCUCCUCCUCCCUCGCCAGCUGGACACCGCACCCACUCCUCGCCUCCUCCUUCGACCACCACCACUUCGCCGCCACCUCACCUCCCCCGGCCCAAAGGAGGCGCAACAAAGCCCCCGCUCCUCCUCCUCCUCCUCCUUCGGCUGACUUCCUCCAUUUCCCCGAGAGAGCCGUCACCGUGGCGAUCGCUCCUCCUUCCUCCGCUCCAUCUGCCACGCCGGAACAUGUUGAGGAGGAGGAGGAGGAGUAUCUGGAGUUCUUCCCUCAGGAUCCAUCUGGGUCGGGGCUGCUCCACGAAGUUGUCCGGGGGUUCCUGCCCAAGCCGGAGAAGAAGCCUUCCACCACCGCAACCACGACCGGUUCUCAGCAGGCGGCGGCGGGCAAGAGUGAAAUGGUGACGGCUUCCUCGUACUAUGACAUGGGAAGGUACGAUGAGCAGGUGUUCGGCGUGGCGGCUGAUCAGGAUCGUGUUGGAUAUGCCAACUUGUGCGACAGUUAUUAUCAUCGUCAGGAGGUGGAUAACUAUGCUACGACGACGCCGUACUAUCCGUAUUAUCCGUCGGAUUUGGUCAGUGCGCUGGCGGCGAGGGGUCAUCACAACUACGCGUGUGAUUACUAGACAGUUUCGGAGAUGCUCGAUCCCGUUAUUUUGUAAGCUAGGGGAGCGUACGUAUAAUUAACGUGCUAGUGACUUAAGCUUUUGAUUGCUAUUAUUAUUACUAUAGGCUGCUUAAUUAGUUAAUUAGUAUAUGCCUAGCUUGCCGUUGGACUGAUGGUUGAUGAACUUUUCAAGUUCCUUAAUUACCUUUACAUUUCCCCAUGUAGUAGGUUGUGUAAGCCUCUCUUGUUUAACUAAUAUAUAUAUAUAUUGGUCAAUCUUUGUAAAGGGUUUGUUUAACAAUUGUGCUUGCAUUUGGUUUUCUUAAUUUUGCUAGUGCAGUUACUUGGUUGGGAAGGUAGAGAAGAAAAUGUUGGUCAAGAC